AACAAUGAUGGGGCCGUGAUCAGAGUGCCUGCAAGUUCUGGUAGACCGUCAGGCGGCUACCUGUCCCCUUGCGGAUUGGAGAAUGUGUCAUUCUGCUCCGCUUCGACUGAGAGCAGCAACACGCAAAAGUCGGGAACCCAAUCUGGAACUCAAUCUGGAUACAGAUCCAAUUCGAAAAACGAAUGCUCGAAAACAGAGUCGAAGAUGCAAGCCAAAGAGGACGUGACUCCAGAAAAGCGUCGACGGCUGGAAGAAAAGCAAGAAUGCUGCGAUUGCGUGACGGCUGCGGAGGGACGCCAAGAGGCGGCCGCGUUGGCUGCUUGCUUGUGCGCUUGCGGCGUGUCGCCCCGUCCACGCAACUGCUCUAGGUCCUCCAACACGGAGACAAUGGCUGACUCGCAGGUCACGAAGAAUGCUGCGACAACGGUAUGUGCAUUUCUGUUCCCAAGAUCAAGAAAAGGCUACUGUUGUUUACGCGGCUGAUCGUCAA